CCAGGCCUUCCAAUUAAGGGACAGCUAAAGCCCAAGGCCUCUUCUAAAAGGGGUUAGAAUUUCAUCAGAAAGCAAGUCCGGUCACAUGAGAAUUUCUGGCACUGUGUGCAUGGCAGGCUGGACACCAGCCUGCCAGAAUCGAGCGAGUAGAUUGUAUUGGCUUUAGCGGAGGGGAAAAGUCCCAGACUGGUCUGGGAGAAGGAGCCGACUCACUCCCUCAGCUGCUGGUUGUGAACGGGAGCGGCCCAGCUGCUGUGGGACCAGGCUCUGCUGUCCGAUGCCCCUUUCUUCUAAGCCAAGGAAGGCGAGUGGUGCCUAGGACUGAAGACUGAAAGAUGCCUAAGGAAUGCAAUGUUUUCCACACCCUCUCAGCAGCUCUGUGCUGCUUUUAUCACCGCAAGUCUUUCAUUGGAGUCAAGUUCUCCAAGGAGAGGCACAUCAUGGACAGGACCCCUGACAGGCUGAAGAAGGAGCUGGAGGAAGAGCUGCUGCUGAGCAGUGAGGACCUGCGCAGCCAUGCCUGGUACCAUGGCCGCAUCCCCCGACAGGUGUCGGAAAACCUCAUGCAGCGUGAUGGUGACUUCCUGGUUCGCGACUCUCUGUCCAGCCCUGGAAACUUUGUCCUGACCUGUCAGUGGAAGAACCUCGCUCAGCACUUCAAGAUCCAUCGCACAGUUCUGCGGCUCAGCGAGGCCUACAGCCGUGUGCAGUACCAGUUUGAGACGGAGAGCUUCGACUCCAUCCCGGGCCUGGUGCGCUGCUACGUGGGCAACCGCCGGCCCAUCUCCCAGCAGAGUGGCGCCAUCAUCUUCCAGCCCAUCAACAGGACCGUGCCCCUGCGGUACCUGGAAGAGUGUUACAGCACCUCCCCAGGCCGGGCACAGGAGACCACCCUCGCUGAGGGAAGGCCAGACCUGGCCAAGAGGCUGAGCCUCACCGUGGGCAGCGUCCAGGCCCGAGAGCAGAGCUUGCCCAGGGGAAACCUCCUCAGGAACAGAGAGAAGAGCGGAAGCCAGCCAGCCUGCCUGGAUCACACGCAGGACAGGAGGACCGCGGCCCUCAAAGCCCAUCAGUCAGAAAGUCACCUGCCAAUCGGCUGUAAGCUGCCCCCUCCAUCACCGAGUAUGGACUCAAACCCCUGCCCAAACUCACCUGUUUUCAGGACAGGCAGUGAGCCCACAUUGAGCCCAGGGGUCAUUCGCAGGGUCUCCUCGGACACAAAGGCAGGUGAGGCGCUGCGAGGAUCAGACAGCCAGCUGUGUCCCAAACCACCCCCCAAGCCCUGCAAGGUGCCCUUCCUCAACGCUCCUGCCCCUCCAGCUGCCUGGCUCAACUUGGAGGCCAACUACUGUGAACUGAACCCAGCCUCUGGUGCAGGCUGUGACAGAGGAACAAAGCUGCCCUCGUGUGCCCAGGGAAGCCAUGCAGAACUGCUAACAGCCAGGUGGAAUGGGGCAGCAGGUCCCCGGAACUCUGGCACGAGCUACUUGAUUCUUGACGGGGACAGUGGGACCAGACCUUGGGAACUGCCAGCAGCACAGAUGGAUGAGAGGCAGGAGGACAAGUGCAAGUUUGUGAGGCCCCUCCUGGAGACUGUGUCCUCGUUCAGGCCCGAUGACUUUCAGUCAAAGCUCUUUCCUGCAGAGAACAAACCGCUGGACACAGCUAUGCUGAAACGGGCGAAAGAACUGUUCAUUAACAGCGACCCCAAGAUCAUCGCCCAGCACAUGCUGAGCAUGGAUUGCAAGGUUGCUAGGAUACUUGAGGUCUCCGAAGAGAUGAGAAGGAACAUGGGCGUGAGCUCAGGGUUGGAGCUCAUCACCUUGCCUCAUGGACACCAGCUACGCCUGGACAUAAUCGAAAGACACCACACAAUGGCCAUUGGUACUGCAGUGGACAUUCUGGGCUGCACAAGCACUUUGGAGGACCGAGCAGCCACCCUCAACAGGAUCAUCCAGGUGGCAGUGGAACUGAAAGAUUCCAUGGGGGACCUCUAUUCUUUCUCAGCCAUCAUGAAAGCCCUGGAAAUGCCACAGAUCCUAAGGUUAGAAAAGACAUGGACUGCCCUGCGGCACCAGUAUACCCAAACUGCCAUCCUCUACGAGAAACAGCUGAAGCCGUUCAGCACAAUGCUGCACGAAGGCAGAGAGUCUACGAUUAUCCCAAGUAAUGUAUCAGUCCCACUGCUGAUGCCCCUUGUGACCUUGAUGGAGCGCCAGGCUGUCACUUUUGAAGGAACCGACAUGUGGGAAAAAAAUGACCAAAGCUGUGAAAUUAUGCUGAAUCACUUGACAACAGCCCGAUGCAUGGCAGAAGCUGCGGACAGCUACCGGAUGAAUGCUGAGAGGGUCCUGGCAGGUUUCCAACCAGAUGAAGAAAUGAGUGAAAUCUUCAAGACUGAAUUUCAAAUGCGAUUGCUAUGGGGCAGCAAAGGUGCAAAAGUCAAUCAGACAGAGAGAUACGAGAAAUUCAACCAGAUUUUAACUGUCCUUUCACGUAAAUUGGAACCUCCUUCUGUAAAGCAGGCAGAGCUUUGAAAACUCCAGAGAACCUCCUGGUAUUAUUUCAGGCUUCUCCAGUUUCCUUGGGAAAGCUUAUCAUUUAAUAAUCUGAUGUGCAGAUCUGACAAUGUACAAGCUUGGAUAUCCAUGGAUAUUAAAUGUGUAAAUUGAACAGAACACACUUAUUUAUGAAUUGUUUAAAAUUACUACUGAUUUGUGCAUGAAUAAUUUAUUAUUAAAGUAACUAUUAUGAACAUUGAUUGGCAAAUUUAAGAGAAGCCUACCUACACUGGCUGGUCACUUUCUAUUUUCAUGGUAUUUGACUGUUUUAAUUCUAUGUCAGAUGUGUGUGAAUAGUUUAAAACCAUAAAACAUUUCAGAAGGUAUCAGUUGUAUGAUAUUCUUUAAAUAUGAAAAUGUAGAUAGUCAUGAAAAUACAUCUUUUGUGAAACAGCUGUAUGCAGUCUGUUAUUAAAUAACUCAUCUGGUAUAAUUUUUAUCUCCCAGCCUCUUUCUUCCCUAGCUACUAUAUCCUGAUGUAAACCAAAAUUAUUGAAAAUGAUAUGAAAAAUUUGUUGGUAGCUCAUACAUCUCUAGAACUUUAUCAAUUUCCUCUGAGUUUUUUUACUUGAGUACAGGUUCUCAAAGUAGUUUCUGAUAAUCUUGGAUUUUAGCAGAAUCCACUGAUUUUUACCU